AUGUCAGGUCAGGUUGUUUUCUUUAAAAAGAGAGAAAGAGAGAGAGAGAGAGAGAGAGAGAGAGAGAGAGAGAGAGAGAGAGAGAGAGAGAGAGAGAGAGAAAGCUCACCAGGAGUCCUCGCCGGAGCCACCGCACGCCAGGACGUCGUCAAGCUCGUCAUCACCAUCAACCGCAGCUCGAGGCCAUCAUCGUGUUCCUCUCGUCAAGACGAAGCCGUAGACACCAACCGCGUCACGAUCGGAGCCCGGACGAAGCCGUACGCGCCUCCGGAAGUUUCACCUCCGCGCGCGCGUGAGUUCCACGCGCCGCCGCCGGACCACCGUCCUCCGCCGCAGCUCCGCCGUCGCCGCCGGCCAACUUACCGAUUUGGAGUCCAUUUGAGCAGCUGGAGUUCAUAUAUACCACUUCUCUUCAUUGCUAAGGUGAGACCGACGAGCAGGAGUGAUUAUCGGACUGGUGCUAUUGGGCUUUUGGGCUUCUAUCGUUUUAUCGCUUUUAUCGUUAUCGGGCCUCCAGGCCUUUGGACUUUUAUCGCCUACGUUAUUCCUAUUUCAGACUUUUGGUUUAUAUCGUAUUGUAUAGUUCGGAUGUUAUCGAUGUUGGGCUUUUAGGCCUUUUGUUACCGUAUCGACUAUUAUAUUAUAUGUUGUAUUAUUAUUUUAUUUUCGCUUUUAUCAAUUUAUUUUAUUUUGAAAGUGGCGGGUGUCACAUUUUGGUAU